AUGUUUUUAAAUAAUUCAACACGAACAAUGUUUUUUAAAAAACUUCCGCUUCUUGUUAUUUUGACUCUAUUCAUAGUCACCUUGUCGGAAGCUAGUUUUAACCUUGAUAAAAGAAAUAAACCAAAAAUAUGUCGGAAUGCUUUGCUCUCGGCUACUUUUGAAAUGGAUUUAAAGGGUCAGAUGUCAUUUUAUCAAGACCAAGAAGGUCAAGUAUGGUUGUCUGGUACAUAUCAAUCUGGAUUUCAAAAACCAGGUAGCUGGGAUUAUUGUUGGACACUUCAAAAUGGUUGUGGAGAGAUUAUUUAUAACCUCACUGAUCAAUUAAACAUGGAGUAUACAAAAGGUAGUGGUUGUAAUGGUUAUGAUGAUUCAAAAUCGAGUUAUAAAAGGAGAGGUGGUUAUCUUGAUAAGAGACAUCAUAAAGAAGAAUGUGAAGCUGGGGAAUGGGGUACUAAGCCUUGGGUGGUUAAAGUGGGUGAUUUAACAUGGGAUUGUGGUAAAGAUGGAGGUUUUAAAUAUCAAACCUGUGAAGGAAAAGAUAUUUAUAAAGAUAAGGUGGUUGAUUAUACUAAACAAAAACUGCCAAAACGGCUUAGUGAUCAAGGAUCUACAAGUGGUAUCUACUUAGUUGUUGAUGGUCAAAGUAAAUGGGGAAAACGUGCUACUAUAAAUUCGCCCGCUGCAAUUAACGUAAAUAACGAGGGCAACGUUGUGGCGCCGCCACCUCCAGCACAACCAGCUCCAGCACCGCCAGCCCCUGCCCCUGCACCGCCUGCUCCUGCACCAGCACCACCAGCUCCUGCACCAGCACCGCCUGCUCCUGCACCGGCACCGCCUGCUCCUGCACCAGCACCGCCUGCUCCUGCACCAGCACCGCCUGCUCCUGCACCUGCACCACCAGCUCCUGCACCUGCACCACCUGCACCAGCACCUGCACCACCAGCUCCAGCACCACCUGCUUCAGCACCUGCACCGCCGGCGCCGGCAACCGCUGCGCCAGCAACCGCUGCAAAUACUGCAUCCAAUACUCCUGGACUCUCGAUAGAAGCAGUACCCGGAUCCGUUACAGUGGAAUCAAAUACUGCACCACCACCAGUAACAGCAGCAAAUACUGCACAGCAACUGCUGCUCCAGUAG